AUGACUGGCCCUAGUGCAACCAGGGGAUCUACCAGCACAGAGCCAGGCGCCCCAGAGAGCAUUGCCCUUCCCAGAAAUCCCAAUCAAAGAGAUACACGAAGUGGUGCCACAUUCUGGCCUGCACGACGAAACUGCAUACCUCCACCUCCAACAGUGAUUCCACCACGUCACCAGAAAAAACGCGGAGGUCGUGGUGGUCAGGUGACAUCAGCAAAACAAAUUGCAACAAGUUUGCAUCGAGAAGCAGGCCGAGCUGAGAUUAAGGCCCAGGCUGUUCACCAGCUCAUAUACGGUGAUAGGACCCAGCCAUCCGAACGUAUUCAUGUAUGUAUGGGACGAACACUGAAUGAGCUGCGUUCACGACACAAGACCGACACCUUAGCCUCCCAGGCUGCCUCGAAGACACAGAGCAUGAGGAAGACAUCAAAGCCUAUCUGUGAGACGUGCAUCCUUGUAGAAGAUACGCCGACCCGACCUGCAACCUUGGCCGCAUAUAUUAGCCGCCAUAAGGUCGGGGACGUAGAGGUGAUAGAUGGAUUCGAGGUGGGGCCUGCCUCACAUUCCAUAUCUGAGAACUUGACCAGGCUAUCUCUAGCUCUCGGAGAGCUAACUGGAGAUCAAUGUCAUCAUGCCAACGUCGAGUGCCCAUUCAUGAUCUAUGAACUUGCAGGGGAGGAGGGGGACACAUGUGUUCUGACGGAAAAUGCCGGCACCCAACACAACGUUGAACUUUGGUUCGCUCAAGGCCAUCCGAAUGAUCCGCCCUCUCCAUCUACCGAUAUCUGCAGCAGUAACAAUCGUCAUGAAGAGCUGGCUGCCCACCAAUAUUACUUAGUUACGGAUCGCCAAAGUGCAUAUUUGAAUGUGCUCAUGAAGUGCUUCUUCUCAACGGAAUAUGCGACUCUUAUCAGAGCAGCCAAAGCAGGUUGGUGGGUUCAAGGUAUCCAGAGCUGUUUCCUUGGCCUGGCCACAGUGUGGAAACUUCAGGUGGAUGCUCAUCUAGAUGAAAAAGACUACGAGGUAUGUGUGAUCACCUGUGGUGGAGAAUUCCAUGGAGGUGAACUAUACCUACCCGAUCUCGAUGUCUGUUUUGAGUGGAGUAUUUUUCUCCUAGCUGUCUCUCUGACGUUGCUUACCUGGCCAUCUUCAAGGUAUAAUCCUGGGGACAUAGUGAUUUUUCGGUCGCCAUAUCUUUACCACACUAUCGGACCUUGGGAGCCCCUGACAAUGGUCUCUGAGAGCAAGACUAUGCCAGAGCGAGUAUCAUGGGUUCGCUUCACUCAUUCAGAUACAGUCAAUUACUUGAAAGGGAGAAACUGGCGACCCGAGUUGGAGAUGGGGUUUGAUCAUAUGUGA